CUCUAUUCAAACCAAAUUAAUCAACCAAAAUCAUCUUCUAAACUCCCCCCAUUCUCCAAAUAUCAAACAAUUCAUAUAAAAACCCCAUUUUUAUUUUCUACCACAUCAAAAUCCAACCUUUCCGUUCUUCCUCCUCCUCGAUCGUACAUCUACUGAAUUAUCAACAUAUGUUAAACUCUACUCCUCCUCUCCACGCCGACCACGACGACCUCCACCGACCUCCUUCCUCCUCCGAGAUAUUCUCAGAAAUGGGCGCCAUAAGCAAACUCUGCUUCCCCACCGCCAUCACCGGUCUGGUUCUCUACUCCCGAGCAAUGAUCUCCAUGCUCUUCCUCGGCUACCUCGGAGACCUUCAACUCGCCGGCGGCUCUCUCUCCAUUGGCUUCACUAACAUAACCGGCUACUCCGUCCUCUCCGGCCUCGCCAUGGGUAUGGAACCCAUUUGCGGCCAAGCUUUUGGGGCUCGCCGCCGCCAUCUCCUCAGCCUCACUCUCCAUCGCACCAUCCUCCUCCUCCUCGCAGCCUCCCUCCCAAUCUCCUUUCUCUGGCUCAACAUCCGCCCCAUCCUCCUCUGGUUAAAUCAAGACGACUCCAUCUCCACCAUCGCCUCCACCUUUGCCACCGCCGCCAUUCCCGACCUCAUCUUCCUCUCCUUCUUACACCCUCUCAGGAUCUACCUCCGUUCACAGAACCUCACUCUCCCCGUCGCCGCCUGCUCCGCCGCCUCCCUCGCCGCCCACAUCCCCCUCAACUACCUCCUCGUCGUCCGCCUCCGUAUGGGAGUCGCCGGAGUAGCUAUCGCCAUGUACUUAACUAAUCUCAACACCGUCAUCUCCCUACUCCUGUUCAUCUUCUUCUUCCCGGGCCCCCAUCGCGCCGCUUGGGUCAAGCCCGGUCCAGAUGCAUUCCGCGGUUGGGCCGGCCUGCUCCGCCUCUCUCUCCCAACUUGCGCUUCCGUCUGCUUGGAAUGGUGGUGGUACGAGCUCAUGAUUCUUCUAUGCGGCCUUUUAUCUCGCCCGCAGGCUGCCGUCGCUUCCAUGGGAAUCCUGAUCCAAACCACUUCUCUCGUUUACGUCUUCCCGUCCGCUCUCAGUCUCGCCGUAUCGACCCGCGUAGGGAACGAGCUGGGGGCCGGCCGGCCCAGGAAGGCCCGCAUAGCGGCAUCGGUGGCCAUUUGCUACGCAUUCGUUCUUGGGCUUGCGGCGAUGGGCUUCACGUCGGCGGUGAGGAACCGGUGGGGAAAAAUGUUCACAAGAGACAGAGAGAUUCUGGAGUUGACGGCGGCGGCUCUGCCGAUCGCCGGAUUAUGUGAGUUGGGGAACUGCCCGCAGACGACGGGGUGUGGGGUUUUGAGGGGAAGCGCGAGGCCCACCACCGGAGCUAAUAUUAACUUCGGGUCGUUUUAUCUGGUGGGGACCCCGGUGGCGGUUUUAAUGGGUUUUGUGGUCGGGCUCGGGUUUAUCGGGUUGUGGGUUGGGCUGUUGGCGGCCCAAGCCACGUGUGCCGCGCUUAUGGGUUGGGUGUUGGUGCGGAUGGAUUGGGUUGCGGAGGUGGCGAGGGCGGGGGAAUUGACGAAAUUACCCUCAACAGCCCUGCAGAAAAUUCAGGAGAGGAAUAAAGGGAAGGAUGAUAUGGACGGUGAGGAUGAGAUGUUGGAGAAUAUGGACGAUGGGGAACAUAAGGGAGAAGCAGCUUUGUUGAUUUCGGAGAUGGAUGCUCUGGUUAUUCCUCACGCUGCGAACGGGCUGCUGCAAGUAUAAAUUCUUUUCUUUUUUUGGCUUUUUUUUUCCUUUUUUUUUUACAUAUCAACCCUCCAA